ACACUCAGACUUCCACAACACUCUCAGCGACCUCCACAUUUUGUUUUCCCCCUCUCUCUCUCUCUCAUGGAAGAAACGCGGAAGAGGCAUGAUUUUGUUCCGGCGGAGAACUCGACGCAGAAGAGGCCGCGAGCGGCGGCGGCGGUGGAGGAUGUCGGUAACGACAUUCUGGCAUGGAUUUCGGUGGAAGAGGAGACAGUCGGCGAACUCAUGAUGCUUCUGGACGACGCUGAGAAAAGCCGACCGAUGGCGGAGAAAGUGAAGUUCAUCGACGAUCCGUACUCAUCGGCGAUGAUUUUUCAAUCAUCGUCGUCGUUCGUUACGAUCAAUGGAAAUGAAGAGAGUUGCGGUUCAUCUUUCUCGGAAUCGGACUCGUCGGUGAUGGCAAGCGUGGACAUGAACGGAGCGAGGAUCAAACUGAUGGAAAUCGAUUCUGCGACUGUGGAGAAAUGGAAGUUAUGGAAGUCGGAGGAGGCGUCGUCCGUAUCGGAGGGAUCCAGUUGGGAUGAGGAUGAUUUAGCGAGGUUCAUCGGCGACGAGGAACAGAUUUUCUGAAACGUAGGGGAAAUGAAAACGGCUAGGGUUAGGGUUUACGGUGGAGAAGAAGAAGACGAAGAAGACGAAGAAGAAGAAGGUAAGGAUUGAGAUGUAAUUUUGGUGUCGAACACUGUGAAUAGAGAAUAUACACAGAGAGUUAGUAAGAUAGAAUCGAAAUGAAAAACGACUUGUCGUUUUGGGAAAUUGUGUUGGUUAGUGCGCAUGUGAACUUCAAAAGAAACUUCACGAUUUUCCGAUUUU